AAUAAAAUCACCCGAUACCAUUCGCCCCCAAAUUUAUUUAUUUAUUUAUUUUUUUCCUCCGUUUUCAUUUGGCGGCGAAAAGGGAAUUGGGAUCGAGGUUGCGAUUCAAAUCCUUGAAUCUGAAACAAACUGGAAUCCAAAUCGCUCAAUUGCUGAUCCUCGAUCCUUAGCUCCAGCGCCUGAACCUCGAUCGAUUCUAUUCACCGCGAGUUUCAUCUUUCUCCUCUCAAAUUGUUGGUUGUCUUGAUUUUUCUCUGUCAAAUUUAAUCAGGCUCUAGGGGUUUAUGCUCAAUUAUUUGCUGUCGAUUUUUGACUCAAAAGGCGUUAGAUUCUGCGGAAAAGUUCGAAUUAUUCUGAGAAUAUUGUAAUUUAGAAAGUAUGAUUCCCAUUUUCCCGAGAAAAAGGAACUGUAAUUGACUGAUUUAUGUUUAUUUUGCUGUUUCAGACAGAAAGGGAAUUUGUUCUUUGCUUUAAUAUAGAAGCUGUAAAUGUUUAAGAGGCAUGGAGCGUGUUGAUGAGCAGGAAACAUAUCGAUAAAAAAAAAAGAUCAUGUUGCAGUUCUUAGAGGGAGUUAAGCAUUUGUUAGCUGCUCUGCUGAAGUGCUGCGAUCUUGAGAUAGGCAGGCAGCCCAAGGGCCUUGAAGAUCCUGAACUUUUAGCAAGAGAGACAGUGUUCAGCGUAAGUGAAAUAGAAGCUUUAUAUGAGUUGUUUAAAAAGAUCAGCAGUGCUGUGAUUGACGACGGGCUGAUCAACAAGGAAGAAUUCCAGUUGGCAUUAUUCAAGACUAACAAAAAGGAGAGCUUAUUUGCUGAUCGGGUAUUUGACUUGUUUGAUACAAAACACAAUGGAAUUUUAGGUUUUGAGGAGUUUGCACGAGCCCUAUCAGUUUUCCAUCCAAAUGCUCCAAUUGACGAUAAGAUUGAAUUUUCUUUCCAAUUGUAUGAUCUGAAGCAACAAGGAUUCAUUGAAAGACAAGAGGUGAAACAAAUGGUAGUGGCUACACUUGCCGAGUCUGGAAUGAACCUUUCUGAUGAAGUCAUAGAGAGUAUCAUUGAUAAGACAUUUGAGGAAGCUGAUACAAAACAUGAUGGAAAAAUUGACAAGGAAGAGUGGCGGAAUUUGGUCUUGCGACAUCCAUCUUUAUUAAAGAACAUGACCCUCCAAUAUCUUAAGGACAUAACAACAACGUUUCCAAGCUUUGUGUUUCAUUCUCAAGUCGACGAUACCUGACGCUAUUGCUCAGCUACAUUUUGGAGAUAAGCAGUAGUAGUUCAUGAGGGGCUUGUUCAAUUCCUUCAAGCUUUAUGAGCAUCGCAUCGAUAAACCCGAGAAUGUAGAGAAUGAUGGCAUAUAGAGUUUUGGGUUACUAGGAAGAAUGUUGAGUCUUCAGUCAAGUGUUAGCUAGUGUAUGUAUUCUUUUUGUUGGGAAUGUCUUGUUUUUCAUUCGUCAGAUUCACAGUUUGUUGUUUCUGUUCGUGAAGGGCUUGCAUUGUAUAAAGAAUAAUAUCAAUUAGAGCCUCUUUACCUUAUAGUAGUCCUA